GCCAUGUACCUGCCCGCUAAUCCUCAAGGCUGUCUUCCAUGGUGGCUGGGCCCUGGGGAAGGUGCCCUGCAAGGCCAGUGCCUUUGUGAUGGGCCUGGGUGUCAUCGGCUUCGUCUUCAACAUCAGCAUCACUUCCAUUAACCACUGUUGCUUCGUCUGUCACAGUGUGGGCCACGGCCAGAUCUCCCAGCACUGGCACACCCCCACGUACACCUGCCUCGUCUGGCUUCCCACUGUCAUGGCCUUGGUGCCCAGCUUCUUCUCAGGGUCCCUGGAGUAUGACCCGCUCAUCUACCCCUGCACCUUCCUCCAGCCGGCCAGGACCCAGUACACGGCGGCAGUGGUGGUUGUCCACUUCCUCCUCCCCUUCGCCGUUGUCUCCUUCUGUUACCUGCACAUCUGGGUGCUGGUGCUCCACCACCAGAAGGCCAAGUCAGAGAGCACGUUGUGCCUGAGGCCCAGUGAUGUCCGGGGCUCUCUCACCAUGUUUGCAGUGUUUGUGAUCUUUGCCAUAUGCUGGGCCAAGCUGAACUGCACCGGCCUUGUUGUGGCCAUCAACCCAGAAGAAAUGGCUUCUCAGGUCCCAGAGAGACUCUUUGUCACUAGCUGUUUCCUGGCUUAUUCCAACAGCUGCCUAACGCCAUCAUCUAUGGGCUCCUGA